UUUAACAUUUCUAUGGCCCGAGAAAGAAGGCACUGCCUUGAAGCAUUUAAUAUCUAGCUUCGUCUCCGCCGCUGUUCCUCUUAGAUCACCUUCGUCUUCUUAUCCCCAAUUCCCCUCCUCUUCGUUUGGAUCUCUUUCUUCCUCUUACCAUCUGUACCCUUCUCUCCCGAAUCUGAAGCCCUAAGUGAGAGAAAGAGGAGGGGCUUGGGGAUGGGAACUGAAGAGUCGACGCUAGAUAUAACGGAGCCACUGCUACCUCCGUCGAGGGCGGAAGCAGGCCAAGACCUCGCCGAUGGUUACGAGAUGCUCCCACACUGGAAAGAACAGAUAACGCUGAGGGGCUUGGUCGUAAGUGCUUUGCUUGGCUGCCUGUUCUGCAUUAUAACCCACAAACUCAACCUUACUGUCGGCGUAAUUCCGUCUCUAAAUGUUGCUGCUGGUUUGCUGGGCUUCUUCUUCGUGAGGAGCUGGACGGGGAUUCUUGAGAAUAUCGGUUUCCGGGUUGCGCCAUUCACGCGGCAGGAAAAUACCGUCAUCCAGACUUGUGUGGUUGCUUGCUAUGGAUUGGCCUUCAGCGGGGGUUUUGGCUCUUAUAUGCUUUCUAUGAAUCAAAGGACCUAUGAACUCAUAGGAAAGGAUUAUCCUGGUAACAGGCCAGAGGAUGUGAAAAAUCCUUCCCUGGGGUGGAUGAUAGGUUUCAUGUUUGUUGUUAGCUUUCUAGGACUCUUCAGUCUUGUUGCACUUCGAAAGGUGAUGGUAAUUGACUACAAGCUUACGUACCCUAGUGGAACAGCCACAGCUUUGUUGAUUAAUAGCUUUCAUACCAAUGCUGGAGCUGAGCUUGCAGGGAAGCAAGUUCGUUGCCUUGGAAAAUACCUCAGCCUAAGCUUCUUUUGGAGUUGCUUUAAGUGGUUCUUCAGUGGUGUCGGGGAUUCCUGUGGUUUUGAUAAUUUUCCCACCUUGGGUCUCACAGCAUUUAAUAAUACGUUCUAUUUUGAUUUUAGUACAACAUACAUUGGAUGUGGUCUUAUUUGUCCGCACAUAGUUAAUUGUUCUGUUCUUCUUGGAGCCAUAUUAUCUUGGGGAUUUCUUUGGCCGUUUAUUAGUAAGCGUGCAGGAGAUUGGUAUCCAGAUAAUCUUGAAAGCAAUGAUUUUAAAGGACUUUAUGGUUACAAGGUUUUCAUUGCUAUCUCUCUUAUACUUGGGGAUGGUCUCUACAACUUGGUCAAAAUAAUUUACAUAACCAUCAAGGAAAUGGUGAAUGCACGAUCACAACGUAAUGCUCUUCCUCAUGUUGCAAAUCAAGAAGCUGAGAACCACAAGCUGUCAGAGGAGAAGCUCCGGAAUGCAACCUUUGUCAAAGAUAGCAUCUCCUCUUGGUUUGCUGCCUCAGGCUACAUCGCCCUGGCUGCUAUAUCCACUGCAACAAUUCCCAUUAUUUUUCCUCAGUUGAGAUGGUAUCUAGUCCUUGCUUGCUAUCUUGUUGCCCCAGCUCUCGCAUUCUGCAACUCUUAUGGCACUGGCCUCACCGACUGGAGUCUUUCCUCGACUUACGGCAAGAUAGGCCUUUUCACCUUCUCCGCACUUGUAGGUUCUAAUGGCGGCGUCCUUGCUGGCCUUGCUGCUUGUGGUGUCAUGAUGUCUAUCGUCUCCACUGCUGCCGAUCUAAUGCAGGAUUUCAAAACUGGUUAUUUAACACUCUCGUCACCACGGUCAAUGUUCGUUUCUCAGAUCAUAGGUACAGCCCUGGGCUGCAUCAUUGCACCGCUUACUUUUUGGCUUUACUGGUGCGCAUUCGACAUUGGGUCGCCUGAUGGGAUGUACAAGGCUCCUUACGCCGUUAUAUAUCGUGAAAUGGCCAUUCUCGGGAUCGAGGGCUUCUCUGCACUUCCGAAGCACUGUCUCGAGAUCUGCUGCUUGUUUUUCGUUAUGGCUAUUGUGAUAAACUUUCUAAGGGAUAUUACACCGGCGCAUAUAUCUGCUUAUAUUCCAAUUCCAAUGGCUAUGGCUGUGCCUUUCUAUAUCGGGGCUUAUUUUGCGAUAGAUAUGUUUGUUGGGACAGUUAUUCUGUUUGUGUGGGAGAGGAUGAACAAGGAGGAGGCUGAUGACUUUGCUGGUGCAGUAGCUUCUGGGCUUAUAUGUGGUGAUGGUAUCUGGACUAUCCCUUCAGCCAUUCUAUCCAUCUUCAGAAUUAAUCCGCCAAUUUGCAUGUACUUUGGACCAGCUUCUUCCAGCUGAUUUAGGUGUUGCCAAGUCUUCCAACGAGCUGGACCGAAUUGAUCCCUUACUUUUUUUAAAAGGUUAAAAUAAUCCGACAUUAUAAAAAUAUCAAUUUGAUCCCUUGAUUUUUUAGAUAAGAAUCAAAUUAAUCAUUUGUUGGAUAUAAGUUAGGUCCUUAUUUAAAAAAUUAAGGGAUUAAAAUAAUAUUUUUAAAUAGUCAAGAAUUAUUUUAAUCUUUUGUAAUUAGUCAAUGGAUAAUUUUGGUCCAUCUCUCUCUCUCUCUCUAUAUAUAUAUAUAAACUUUCCUAUGCUGGUAUGGUGUAGACCAGUCGCAAUGAGCCUUGUGAAGUAUUACAUGUUAUCAAGAGUGAUAAAAUAUGGCAUAAUGUUGUUAUUACAAAAAAACGUUAAUUGAUCACUUUCUUUGGCUUCUGAAUUGUUAUUUCAAAUUAUAUAGAAAUGUCUAUAGAGUUUUUCCUGUA